AUGUCCCUCCCUCGGGCCUCCAAUCCUUUCCGAAACCCAAAAAAAACCCGCCACUACUCUCGUCUAGCCUGCAAGAUAUCCGGAUCCCCGAUCCCCCGCGGAUCCAAUCGCAUCACCACCAGUACCACAUCCCCAACACCCGGCCCAGCAUCUACAUCACGAACCAACACCAAACGACCCUUUCACACAACAAACCUCCUCCUCCGCGGCGCCCCUCGCUCCCCCAGCGUCCGACGAGCCGAAGAUGUCCGCUCGCGCCUCAACCCCGCGUUCUCCGGCGACGGACUCUAUCGCGGCGGCGUAAAGAACGCACUGGACGACAUCCCGGCUCGUCUUGAACACCUGGAGAAAAUCGGGCCGAAAAUCUGGCGACUUAGUAUCGUGGAGGGGUUUGUGGAUGAGAAAGUAGAUCGGAAGACGUUCAUGCGGAUCGCGAAACUUUUGCUUAUGAAUUCGGCGCAUAUGGCUCCUUCCGCGGAUGCGAUUCGGCUGAUUGAUCCUAACCCCAACCUCGUCUUCGAAAUCGGCAACGUUGUUGGCGGAAACUCCCCCUCCCUCAUGCAAUGGAUAAUCUCCUCCACCGCCCAAGCCGGCGCCAUAAUCCCAACCCUCAUGUCUGCAGGCCGCGCCCUCGCCCUCGCCGACGGCUCCAGCCAUACAAACCUUUCCAGCACCCAGCGCAGCACGAUCUUCCAAUCAAUCGAACUCCUAGCCACCUCCUACCACGACCCGCGCGCCAUGAUCCUGCAGGCCAAGUACCUGGGCAUGCAAAAGCGGUACGACGAGGCCGAAGACUUCCUUAAAUCCGUCAUGGAGAUUAUCUAUCCCUCGAAGACCCAGCAACCGCCGUUCCGGAGCAUGGCCGUGCCGUUUGUGGAUACUCCCUGGGCUGCGUAUACCUGGCUCAAGCGACGCAUGGGGGCCCCGGAAUCCGAGAUCCAGGAACUGCUUAAAACCGCAGCUGUCGAGUAUCAGGACCCCGAGGCACUAGUGACCUACGCAAGACAGAUGAUGCACGAACAGAACGAUCUGCCUCUGUACGAAGAAUACAUGGCCAAAGCCGCGACAUCGGGACACGCCACCGCGUGUCGCAAACUCGCCAACUUCUACUACCUCACCUCGCGGGGCCGGUUCCCGCGGCGCGGUACCAAGUCUACGGAUCCCGAGGGCGACUGGGCGCGCGAGACCCAGGCGGCGCGGACGCGUGGAUCCCUGGCGACGUUCCUGGGGGGGUUGUUUGGCCCGCAGCCGUAUCAUGAGUAUCGGGGGUUAGCGAUCGAGUGGUACGAGUUGGCGUUUCGGCAUGGGUGUCCAAAGGCGGCGUUGGCGUUGGCGAUUCUGAUGAGGGAGAAUGGACAUGAUCGGGAGCAGGUGGAACAGGUGUUUCGGUUUGCGGUGGGCUCGAAGGAGAUGGGGGGUUUGGUUCGGGGGGUCAGGGUGAAUUGGGAGAGGGAGGAUUAUGUGCCCGUCGUGCCGGAGGAGGUGUUGGAUGUUUAG